AUGCCUCAAGCGCAGUCUUCGCUACUAGCAAGGAAUUCUUUUCACUCUCGAAUUGCAGAAAUUCAGCAGCAGCGUGCGCAGCGAGAUAAUCAAAACAGUGGAGCAGAUUUGAAUAUCAGACGAUCCGAGAACGAGCCUCCUGUCGUUAGAGGCAUUCGACUGAUACCUACCACACGCCUACAUGACAUGCAGAAGACCGUCUUCAGCUUCCCAAUCUUCAAUGCUGUCCAGUCACAGUGUUUUACCUGUGCAUAUGAAUCGGACGAUAACCUGGUCGUUUCUGCCCCUACAGGAAGUGGAAAGACUGUUGUUAUGGAAUUAGGCAUUCUCAGAAUUCUUCCGCAGAUGAGGAGUGGAAGUGUCAAAGUCGUGUACCAGGCACCCACCAAGUCCUUGUGUAGUGAGCGAUAUCGCGACUGGCAAGCAAAGUUCAGUGUCUUUGAUGUGCAGUGCGCUGAGCUGACUGGCGACACUGAUGCUUCAAGUCUUCGUAGUGUCGCGAAUGCAGGCAUUAUCAUCACUACACCCGAGAAGUGGGACAGCGUUACAAGAAAGUGGAAAGAUCAUGCCAAACUGAUGGACAUGAUUCGACUAUUCUUGAUCGACGAAGUGCAUAUUCUCAGAGAUAGUCGUGGCGCAACAUUGGAGGCCAUAGUGUCACGUAUGAAGUCUGCUGGCAGCAAGAUCAGGUUCAUGGCGCUCAGUGCUACUAUACCCAACUCUGAAGACAUUGCAGCCUGGCUUACAAGGGGUGAACAUGCUCGCUACUUGCCUGCACAGAGAGAGCUCUUCGACGACAGUUUUCGUCCGGUGCAACUGAAGAAACACAUCCUUGGCCACGAGGGACCAUAUAAUCCCUGGGCAUUUGACGCAGCAAUGACAGAGAGAAUACCGGAUGUGGUAGCACGCUAUGGCAAAAGGAAGCCUGUCAUGGUAUUCUGUCCGACGAAAGAGUCAACAAUAAAAACAGCAAAUAGGUUGGUUGACAGCUGGCAGCAUACAGCUAGUGGAAUACGUGCGUGGAGUGCACCGAGACACGCCAUUCAGGUUGAAAACGAACAGCUCCAGAAAGUGGUUGCGUCAGGCGUUGCCUUUCAUAAUGCUUCUCUAAGCAUACAGGAUCGGCAUGCAGUCGAGCGAGGAUAUUUGAACGGAGAGAUCAUGAUUAUAUGCUCCACGUCGACUCUAGCUGUUGGGAUCAAUCUACCUUGUUAUCUUGUCAUUCUCAAAGGAACUCAGGCCUACUCUGACGCAGGGUUGCAGGAAUACUCCAGCCUAGAAGUCAUGCAAAUGCUUGGUCGUGCCGGUCGUCCUCAACACGAGACAGAGGCAUGUGCCGUUGUCUUGUGUUUGAAUGAGCGAGUCAAGAAGUAUGAGGAGAUGGUAGCUGGAGAGGAAGUGCUCGAGAGCUCUCUCCACCAGAACCUCAUUGAACACCUUAAUGCUGAGAUUGGUAUCGGGACGAUUACGAGUAUAUCGACCGCUAAGCAGUGGCUUUCGAGCACCUUUCUCAACAUUCGCCUGAAACAGAAUCCGAAAUAUUACGAUGUCGACAUGAACAACGAGGUCAAUGACCUGGAUAACGUGCUGCUCAAGUGCUGCGAAAAAGACUUGGCGCUUCUCAAAGAUGCCCAAUUCAUCGAAGACAACGGCAGAUUACGCUCUACAGAAUACGGCCAGGCAAUGGCUCGCUACUGCACAAAGUUUGAAACCAUGAAGUCUUUCAUGAACCUACCUGUGAAAGCUAAAGUCUCUCAAGUUCUGAGCACCCUCGUCCAAGCAUUUGAACUCAAAGACUUCAGGUUGAAACACAAUGAAAAGGCCUUCUACAAGGAACUCAACCAGGCCAACGAGAUUCGCUAUCCUGUCAAAGUGGAUGUUGCUCUUACUGAGCACAAAGUUUCCAUACUCAUCCAGGCAAGAUUAGGUUCUGCUCCUGUUGGCAAGAACCCCAAGAACAAGUUCACUGGAUCUCAAGUACGCCAGCUUCAGUUGGAUACAAAUGGUGUCAUUGCUCACGUCAGGCGGCUCAUCCGUUGUAUGGUCGACAUGCUCAUACAGAGAGGAGAUUCGAUUGGAGUAAAAAGUGCUCUUGAGCUUGCUCGAAGUAUUGUAGCUGGCGUCUGGGAUGAUACUGCCAUGCAGCUCAAGCAAAUACCCGGAAUUGGUGACGUGUCAAUGCGGAAACUUGCAGCAGCAAACAUCAAAAGCAUCGACACCCUCUUCAAUACUGAGCCGAGUCGCAUCGAGGUUGUAAUGAGUAAGCAUGCACCAUUUGGUAAUGAGCUGCAUCAAAAGGCCGCUGAGUUUCCAAUGCUGCACAUUUCCGCUCAGGCAAUUGAGAAGAAGUCCAAACCUUCGAAGGGCACAGAGGUGAAGCUGAGGUGUCAGAUUGGCUUCCUCAAUCGGGUGGUACCGAUGAAGUUCAAUAGAAGACCAUACAGCGUUCUAUUCAUAUGUGAGACCUCUCACGGAGAACUCGUUGACUUUCGCCGAUUUAGUCCAGCCCGCUUGGAGCAGACGGAGGAAAUACUUCUUACCGUCCUGGUCAAACAGAAAGGCACCAAAGUACGUUGUCACACUAUGUGUGAUGAUCUGGCUGGCACGCAUCGGAUUGCAGAGUUUGAAGUUGAGUGUUCACACCGAUCAUUCCUGGAGCAACCACCUAUAGACAUAUCGUCCGAAGGGCCGGGCGUCUUGACGAACCCAACUCAAGUACUAGACGAGUUCGAAAGCGAUGGACUCAAUGAUUCUGAUUUGCUCGCCAUCGCAUCCGAACCUAGGUUCAAUACAGAUGUCCUGGAUAUUGAUGAGAUUCUUGAUGACCAAGAGGAGAGAGAGACGCCAGCUGGAAGCAAGAAGCGCUCAGCGCCGUCCAUUAGAGAAAACGACCAGUGGCGUGAGCCUCGGGAACUGCCCAAUGGCAAUUGGACGUGUCAGCAUGCAUGUGCGGAUGAGGCCAAGGAUUGCAAACACAAAUGUUGCAAGGAAGGAGUGAAGAAGCCAAUGAAAUCAUCAACGAAGCGGCAAAGAAAGGAGAAAGAACAAGAAACCAGAAGAGUGGGUGACAAGAGCAAGAGAGAAGAGUCGAGCAAACGUAAACAAGUGAACAAACAAGGACCACUUGAUAGGUUGCUAGGCGUAUCGAAGAUACAGCGAGAGUCAGGGCAGAUCAUCACCAGUAAGAGAACCCAGCAGUCAACAGAUGACUUUCAUAAACUCUCACAAACAAGCACCGACGUGCUUGAUGCUGUUCGGGAUGUGAAACCUGUACUCCCAGGAAGUUCCGACUUUGAUGAGUGUGACUGGCAAGCGAUUGAUGAGCUUGUCGUUCAAUUGGACAAGCGCAAUACUACCCAUAAAGUGCGGUCUGAACCCAAGCUUCCGGAUGCCUUUGCAACAUCCGAACUCGACACCAUACCACGCAAGGACAGUCUCAACAGUAGUUCUCAUAGCUUCGGCUUCGAGGGAGGGCUGUUCCUAACACAAAGUAACGACCAAACGAAAGACAUUGAUCUGAAUUGGUCUGAUAAUCAGCAGGACUCCAUACCAAUGGAUGCCGUCGCUCCCAAAGCGACAACGAAAACUACGCUGAAACACGAGGUGCCAACACGGACUUCAACGUCGACUUUGGUCAACUCUAGCGACGCAAAAACUGACACAGGUCAGAAAUGGGUACUAGCUCAGUCAAGCAUUGACCAAAUUGAAUACGGCGUGGACGGCAAGGAGACCGAAGAUGAGAGCAAACGAAGGCAAUAUGUAGAGAACCAGAAGGCAAAGUGGGCAGAGAUCGACUACCAUGAAUUUCUGAAUUACGACAACUUUGGGCAGUACGUUGAAAUCAUCGACGAUCCAUAG